ACCAAAGUUGAACUCGACAAGGGAAGGAAUUGUUCUUUUUCUCGAGUAUUUAACACCAAAAAUGCUCGCGUUUUGGAUGAUAAGUGCGGGUUGCUUGCUUGCUGUUAAUGCCCAAAACGUCCCUAACUACCCUGAUAAUGAUGCAGUAUGCCCGCCAUUACACGUCCAUCAAGGAAUCACGGUUAUACCACCAACAUGYACAACGUCAAAGAUGCGCGUAGGWGAUAUGUGUACUUUCUCCUGUCCAGAUGGAUUUCGUGUACACGGUCCACCGAUGAAGGAAUGUGUGGAUGGUGGCACUUGGACCAACAAUCAAAUGAAUAUUUCAUGCACAGAUAUCAACGAAUGCAGAGUCAAUAAUGGCGGAUGCGGUGAUAAAUGUAUCAACCUUGUUGGAAGUCACAGAUGCGAAUGCCCGUCGCAUCUCACACUUGCUGAAGAYGGCAUGCGAUGUAAAGCCGAGGGUUUGAAGCUAACCUGCGGAGUCAAAGAUAUGAAAAUUGUGAUCCCAAAGAACAUUAUUCAUAACCUGCACCACGAGCACUUACGAUUGAAUGACCCUACCUGUAAGGCCAACCAYAAUAAGACCCAUUACAUCCUGGAAACCUCGCUUACUGGAUGUGGUACCACCUCWCGACAAGUCAAAAAUUAUAUCGUAUACAGCAACAAGGUAUCCGAAGAGCCAGAUCGGUCCAGUAACAAGAUAGGGCGUGUCCUUCCUGGGGAGGUACAGGUUCCAUUUUGCUGUUAUUUCCACAAUAAAGAGAUUGUCCAUGCUGUUGGGAUGCGUCCUUACAGUAAAAAAGUCUACAUCAGAGUUAAAGGCAGAGGUCAAUACCAGAUCAAAUUCGAUUUCUACAAAGGCACGGGAUAUGGCGGAAGGUCGUCUGGGUCAGUUUACACUUGGGAUGACUUUCCYGUCUCUGUUCACCUCAGGCAACGCCUUUACUUUGAGGUUUCCCUGGUGACCAAAGAAAAAGAUCUGAAGAUUUUUGCAGACAAGUGUUGCUCAACACCGACACGAGACCAUGAGAAGUCCCGAUAUCUGAGACACACGUUCAUCAAUAACGGGUGUCCCGUUGACAAAACCGUACGUAUGCAUUCUUCCCCGUCUCACACMAAACAAMGGUUCAGUGUUGAGGCUUUCAAGUUCUUAGGCGAUCAUCCCUUUGUCUUUGUCCAUUGUCACGUGAGAGUUUGUGAAGUCGGUGAUAAAAAUUCUCGAUGUAAAGCUGACUGCAAGAAUGGUGGUCAUAAGGUAUCGCCCAUCAAAGUACAUCCUAUAUUACAUACCAAGAAGCAUAAGACUAAACGCGCCGUGAGUGUGAAGGAGGGAGUGACUGUGACCCGAGGUCCAUUUGUACUUGAUCAACGUAAGCAACAUAAAAUGCGAGAUUCAUCAAAGUUACGCAAGASACACAAGAAAAUCAAGCCAUCGUUUGAUGAGAGCGAGAAACAAAAUACAAAGACACUCAAUCAUGGUCUGUCAAACAUCAGUCACGUGGCGUUGGUUGCCAUGACAGUAGCUGCAGCUAUGGCGCUAGUAGGAGUCAUGUACUUCGGCUUCAAGUCAAGACAACUUGCCCCAGUCGGCUACGACCAUGUCAGCACAAAAAGCGACUUAAACCUUUAAUCUUACUCUGGUUCGUCACUAGUCUCCCUCGUUUAUCUUAAAAGCGCCCAAAGGAACAUGGGAAAAGARAUCUUUCAUCCAUAUUUGUUCAUAGAAAGUUUUGAAAUCGACCCCAAGCGAUGGUUUAUUUUACGAAGAUAGAGUCUAGCUGACGUGCUUGUAUUCUAUGUAUUUCUUAUUCUAGCUUUUGUUCCAAUUUAAGUAGAACAAAAGGAAUGAAAUAGGAUCUUUUUUUAAAUGUAAUGGAAUAACACUUGGUACGAAUGAUGUAUGAUACUGAAAUGAUAAUAAAACUACUGUUUUUUGUUUCUU